AUGCCAUCUAAGAAGACCGCACAGAACCACGACUACACCCCAGAAGCAUUCACUGAACCUCCUACCGACCUCCUAGACCCCGAGCCCGUGCCACGAUCGAGCAGGAAGAAGAGCAAGCAUGCCAAACGCGUCACCGAGACAGCCUUCGACGAGAUAGCCAGCGAGCGAUCUCCUUCACCACCGCCUGUGCCACCCAUACCGGAAGCACACCGCCGCCAACAUGCGCCGGAUGAGCUAACAGCCGCCGAGAAGGUGUCAGAUGACCACACCCCUCCGCAGGCCAACUAUGCUCAGCCUAUCGCAUAUGGCCGCAGUCCGCCUGUCGAGCUGCUACCGGGCUUCACUCAUCGACCUUCACCACCAGUCCAGACCUACAUCGGCGGCGGCGGCUUCAAUACCAGAAGUCCGCCCACGUCCCCACCACAAACAAAGGCGCGUCCUGUGAGCUAUGGAGGCCCUCCGUCAACCGUUGGCUAUCCCAGGACUUCGACCUCGCCAUACGCAUAUCCUUCGAGCGCGUUCGGCUCGCCACCUCCCCACAUGCCACAAGCCCAUUUCUACCAUGCUCGAGAUAUCGACCUGGGGCUUGGACAACGCUACAAUGAGAACCAGGCUCCAACGUUCGUGAAGUUCUCUAAGGUUCCCGGUCGCAAAGAUGCGAAGACCGCCGUUCUUGUGGGCACCGAAGACAGCUUGCAUGUUCUGGCCUAUCGCGGUGAUAAGCUCUCGCGUCUGGGGUGCUUAGCUGGCCUACCAGGCGUUGUGCACGAUGCAUUCAUCCUCACUUGGAGCCAAGGACAUGACCCGUUCCAUGCACUGCGGCCUCUUGUGGCUUUGACCCUGCACGGUAUCAGCAAUGCAGAGGCGCCCGACCAACGUCGCUUCAGCAACACUUCUCGGCGUGCAUCUGUCAUGACACAGCGCCCGGAUAUCGCCUCCGCAGCGUCAACGACUGUGGUGGUAUACUCUCUCAAGGAGCAAGCCAUGCUCAGUACACUGCUCCAUGUCCCAUCGGGUGCUUCGCAACAGAUACCGACGUGGAUGGACCGACAAACAAGUCAACUCCCUACCGGCCGCCUGCGACUACAAGCCAGCGGUAAUCAUCUCGUUGUCAGUUCUGGGAUCAGUGGUGAAGCAUAUAUUUUUGGCGUCAGAGAAGUGAACGAUCAGCCCCAUUUUGUCUGUUUGGAUAAGCUUUGGACUACAUUACAGCCUCGCAUGCGAAGACGAGAUUCCUCUCAUACUCGACCAGGAGAGCCUGCUGUCUCUCCGGCUGACCUCGCGAGCUCCAUAGACAAUGGUGAACAGCCGAUCAUUUCGAUCAACGGACGCUGGCUCGCAUACUGCCCAGUCCUAUCAUCAAGACCGUCUCUUGGUGCACUCCUUGGCGAAAACGUCUUGUGCAGCAGCAGUCCUUCCAUCACAUCCAGGAGUGCGCCAGCAAGACCCGCAGCCACAUGUGCCGUGGACUCACCAGAUGUCGAGACGAUGCUUGGUCGCGUAGCCAAAGGCGUUGCUCAGGAAGUGCUGAAAGGCGGAAAGUGGCUCGGCGAGAAGGGCGUACAGGCGUGGCAGUCAUACUGGGCGCAAGAUACUCCGAACAAAGCCUCGCCAAGCCCUUCGCCGAUCUACAGUCCUCAACAGAACCCUUCGUUCCCACCAACCCAUGGCGACACGACCGAAGCUAUCUCGAAGGAAUCAGAAAUCGUGACCAUUGUGGACUUGCACCAUCUAGACAAUCAAGAAGCGAAGCGCUCAAACGUCUCUGCUGUAUCAACAUUCCAGCCUCCCGGCGGUUGCAGCUAUCUGUCCUUCGCUCCGAAUGGUCUCACGCUACUCACUGCUAGCCGGAAAGGCAACAUAUACUACGUGUGGGACCUUCUGCAGACCCGCUAUCCCCGACACACCUUGGGAUCAGGCGAAGCAGAGAGCUUUGCGAAAGUACGCCAGAUCGCCAAGAACGAAAGGUUCAGCGAGUCAAUUAUCGUCGACAUCCAAUGGGAAGCGCCUGUCGGCAGUCGAUAUGCGGUGUUGACACACAAUCAGACUGUUCACAUGUUGGAUAUCCCUGUCUCUGCAUGGAGAUGGCCGCCACCCCGAGCCAGGAAGAAGAAACGGCCAGUCUCCGUUCCUGCAGACACUGUGACCAGCACGCAGCAAGCAUCUGGCUUCCUUUCGUCGGCAAUGAACUUCGCGAAUAGCAGAGCACAGCCCAUGCUUGCAAAUUUACGUGGCAGAACUCCGAGCAUGGGCAUGCCGUCUGGAAUCGGCAACACUGGUCUUGGACUGGCGUCAGCCACUGGCCUGCGUGGAGGUAAGGUCGUUGCAGCAGGGUUUAGCAAGUCACUGGGAGCAGCGAGCGAUACCGUCGCGAACAUCAGGCAUGCUGGUCAGAGUAAGCUGCACUUGAAAGUCGAAGCAAUUCCAGGUCGGUUGGCUUGGACCUAUCGCGACCAGCGUCCCAGACUGUCUAUUCUGGACAUGAACGAGGUGAGAAGCUACUACGUUCGCAAGACAAAUCCUCGAGAUCGACAACCUGAGACUGUGUCCGUCUUCGACAGUCGCAGAGUCGUAUCUGUUAAACUCGCUGAGAUCGCGAAAGACGAGGAACCUGCAGAAGAAAACCUGGCAGGAUUUUGGCGUUCCGAGAUACCACGGCGGCCGUCGGCAGUCUCCGCGGCUCCGCUCUCGUUCGCCGAAAUUGACACCAACGCUCCAUACCAGCCAUUUCAUUCGCAUCAUCGAGUUACGAUCUCCAUAUUUGCUGAUGACGCAGCGGCGUCAGAGCUGCCCAGUGUGUCAGCUAAGUUUGACGGAGGAAGUGCUGCGUCGAAGUGCGCUCCGGCGAACGAUAAGUGGCUUUUCGGUCAAGACAUUGCGACUACUCGACUCAGCAGCCCAUCGCCACCGCACGAUGCGUACGGAGCAGUGGAUGAACCAAGACAGCAAGGAGCUGUAUACCGAGAGACCACCAUACAGCCAGCAGAAUUCGAAGGCGAGAGGAAUCAGAUUGUGAGCACGACUCGGCGGAAGAAGAGUAACAAGGGCAGAGAGGACGUUGAUCAGCUUGCUAGUCCUAUGGCUGAAGGCAUAGGCGAGAGCGACAACGGGUUCUUCGAGAAUGAUGUGGAUGUGCUCGACGUUACGCAGGAUCGUGUCUAG